AAAAAAAAAACAAAAAGUUGGGCUAAAAAGUUUAGUUUAUACUUUGACUUGUUAUAAUUGACAUCCUUAGCAAAUACAUACCUACUAUAUAAUGUAUGUAACAUUGCAAUAAACUUACGAAUACGACACGACUAAUUGCUCAAAUCAAUUGAACCAACGCCCGACCAUAAUCUCUUGUAUAAAUCCAAUUAAAUAAUAUCUCGAGCACUUUCCUAUAAAAUGGGCAAGAGGAAGCGCGGCGCAAACAAAGCCGGCCCCAAUGGUAAUCAGCCUACGCAGAAGCGCGCAAAAACGGAACAGGCUUUGUCAAACGGUGUUGAAGUUCCGAGCCUUGACUUGGAAAAAGCACCUUUUACGGAAACGCUGAAUGGGGAAGCUCGUAGACGGGAAGCUAAGGUAUACGAAUUGCUUGGAAGCGCCGAUAGCGACGAACGAAUUGCUGCCGCCGAUGCGCUCAUCACCGGGCUUCUGGCUUCCUCGGAAGCCGCACUCGAAAGACAUCUCGACAAUCGUCUAUUCCGUGGCCUUGCGAGUUCGCGUAACGCCUCCCGAGUUGGUUUCAGCCUCGUGAUAGCGGAAAUACUAAACCAGCUGUUCGGACCGAAGAACCUCGCCAAGUCGAAAUAUACUGGCCUGACCUUCGACAAGGUGCUGAAAAUUCUGGUGGAAAAAACAACCCCUAGCGGAAGUAUUCCAGGUCAAGAGGAGAGGGACUAUUACUUCGGUCGACUUUUCGGUCUACAAUGCUUUGUAGAGUCCAAGACUCUUUUCGACGAAGAAUCCCGAUGGUUGAAAGUCCUGGAUCUGUUGUUGAAGAUGGCCGAUAAGAAAGUCUGGAUGAGAUCGCACUGCGGAUGGGUUAUCGUUGAAUCGCUGCCCCAGAUGGGACAGGACAGAGCAGAAGCAACACUUCAGAAACUUGCUGAUAUCGGGCUCGGCAAAACAGCAGAGGGGAUCGGAAUCUGGACGAAGGCGCGGGGUUGUUAUCCUAAUCUGAAAAUACCCGCAAAGCCGUGGCACGAUCCUAUGAACCCGAGUGUUUUAUCCGAAGUGGCUCGAGUAUUAAGAGAUAAUGUGGCGCAAGAUAACGGAGAGGACGCGGCAACUGUCAAAGCAAAACAAGGCGGUUGGAGCGCCCAAUUACAUUUUGUCUGGGAUCUUAUACUCGCGACAUUCCUCGGUUCAGAGACAGAUGGAAAGCAGAGUAAAGACCAGCUGAAACUGUUCUGGACCACCGUCAUCGAUGAUGGUCUAUUCUCCAAGAAUGCUUCUGACGCUCAGAAGUUCCGAGGCUUCGGCAUAUUUCAAAAGUUCCUUCACGGGCUUGCGGCAGGAAAGCCUGAUUUUGCUAAGGAAUUAUUUACUCGGAAUUUGAUGAAGUGUUUGAUGAACCAAGCUGCUAAAGAAGAUCGGUAUCUUCAUCGUGCUGCGCUGAAAAGCCUCCAAUCGAUCGAGAGAGCUGUAGAGGUCUCGCCGGAGCUUCUGCUACUGGUCCUAAACGAGCUAACCGGAAAAGCUGGUGCUUACGACUUCGAUCAACGAACGAGUACGAAGACCAUUGAGAACCUACUGCAGUGGGCUACUCCGGAUAACGCCAAGAGUGUUCUCAAGCUCCUUCGGGAUCCCAUUCUCGUAGUCGAGAGUGCUAGUGAUGCCGAAAAGCUAAGACAAGUAUAUGCUGGCUACGUUUCUAAAUUGGCAAUCCAAGCAAAGCCUGCAUCGAGCGAUAACGAGGGUGUAAAUAUCGCCGAACUUGGCGUUAAAGAGCUAGCUGCAUGCGCAUAUUCUGUACAGUCGCAGUUUAAACCGGAACUUUCAGAUAAAUCACGAGAAACAUUCCGUAGAUUACUUGCGUCUACGAUUGGAAAGGUAAUGAGGCGGCGAGAUGAUGCUGAAUAUCUUUGCAACGCGGUUAUCUCUGUCGAACCCUCGGCGGUGGAUAUGAGCGGUGAGAUCAAAGCUGAAAGGGAUAGCGCAUUAAAGGCCAUACGGAAAUUACUUAAAACAAGCAAGAAAUCAGAUAGCAAGAAUGCUGGAGCUUCGGUUGGCCUCGCCUUGCUGUACGCUAUUACGAUACUACAACUAUAUGAUGGAGCACCUGAUGCUCUUGGCAUUCUUCAGGAUUUAGAGAGCUGUUCUGAGAAGAUGAAGAGCAAGGAAGGCGGUAGCUCAGAACUUUUGGUAGAAAUAUUGCUCGCAUUAGUCUCUCAACAGUCACCAAUGAUGCGGCAGAUCAGCGAGCAGGUGUUUGAGGCAUUCACUUCACAGAUAACCCCCGAAGCUCUCGAACUUCUAACGGAACCACUUCUCGCGGAGGAAAAUCAAAAAGGAUACCAAGCCCUAUUUGAAAAUCUUGAAGAUGAGGAUGUGGAAAUGGACGAUGCUGAAGACUCAGGUUCUGAAGAUGAAGCGGAAGAGUUGGACGAUGAAAUUUCGGAAAUUGGUUCCGACGUCGAAUUCGUUACCUUGAACGGUACCGAGGCAACACCUGACGAUGAGGAUGAUAAUGAAGAUGAGGACGAAGACGAGGAUGGCGAGGAUGAGCAACAAGGAGAAGCGGAUGCUAAAGAACUCGCGGAUCUUGACGAUGCCCUUGCAAAAGUCUUGGGGAGCCAUCGCCUGGAUAAAGACAAGGAUGCCGAAUCGUCAGAUAAUGACUCGGAUAUGACAGACUCCGAGAUGAUGGCGCUCGACGACAAGCUCGUCGAGGUCUUCAAGCAGCGGGCCAAGAACGCAGGUAAGAAGAAGGAAAAGAAGGACACCAAAGAGUCGGUCAUCAUGUUCAAGCACCGCGUCCUCGACCUCAUCACCCUCUACCUCAAGCACGAGGCUGCCAAUCCCUUAGCCUUCGGCCUCUUGUUACCGCUCCUAGGAGUCGUGCACUCCACCACCGCCAAGCCCCUCGCUAACAAGGCGGUCGCGGCCAUCGAAAACUUCUCCAAGGCCUUCAAGAAGGCGCGGGCCGCCGCGAGCAGCGAUAACAAACACGAGCUUCAGCUGGACGCGACGGCGCAACUCGCGCUGAUGCGCGAGAUCCACCAGCGAGCCGCCAAGGACGCGGCGCACGCCUACGGCCGCGCGGCGUCCACGGCUAGCUUGCUAGUCGCCUCGAGCCUCGUCGCCGCUGCUGCUGGGGAUCACGUCGGCGACGUCAAUGCGCUGUACGCGCACACGUUCACCGAGUGCCAGAAGGGCGCGCUUAAGCUGCCGGGGUUCUUCUUCACCGACUGGGUUAAUUGGGGAAUGGGACACGCGGCGAAUGCCCAACAACAACAACAAAAGGAAGGUGAUAAGGGGAAGGAGGCAGUGGAAUCGUGAAGAAUUGUUUACAUUGCCUACCUGCUUACCCAAGUAGGUAAGGCCACAUAUCUACCUGCCGGUAUGUUACCUAAGCCAUGUUGACUGGGCAACGAGAACGAGAUUUGCAUGGGCAGCUACCCUACCUAACCUAACCUAACACGUUGUGGAUAUCCGGGUAUAUAAUCCAUACGUAGCGUCGUCGAAGAUGCCAAAUAUAGCACAGUAGCCAGAUAGAUAGAUACCUUACUAUGUACCUAAACUUACCCAAUGCUAAUGUUUCGUGUUAGUUAACAGGUAGGUACCUAACUAGUGUAAACCGUGCUGUGCCUUCGUAUAACCCCCUUUUUUGCUCGCUUGCAUGAAAGAUUGAAGCCCGAAGAGCCUAAUACCUAAUAAUUCUGCGGCGUGGGUGAUUUCGGGUACGAUUGCUGAGAAAUGAGCUGCGGGAACACUGUGAC